GUUUGGUGACAUGUGUGUCUUGGGCCAUAAAAUAGGUUUCGGGAUCCGUCUAACUCCAGACCCUUCUAAAGCUUCAUUCAUCCUCUGAAUAUAUUGUGUGGUACAGCAGAACCUCUUGCCAAAAUGAGCCUGUCAGCUAAGGAAAAAGUCAUCGUCAAGGACUUCUUUGCGAAAGUCUCCAGCAGGUCGGACGAGAUCGGCGCCGAGGCUCUCGCCAGGUUGAUCGUGGUGUACCCCCAGACCAAGUCUUACUUCGCCCACUGGAAGGACCUGAGCCCCAACGGCGCUCCGGUUAGGAAGCACGGCAUCACGGUCAUGGGUGGCGUUUACGAGGCGGUGAGCAAGAUCGAUGACCUGGCCGGUGGUCUUCUGAACCUGAGCGAGCUGCACGCCUUCGUUCUUAGAGUUGACCCCGUCAACUUCAAGAUUCUGUCCCACUGCAUCAUGGUGGUCUUGUCCAUGCUGUUCGCCGAGGAAUUCACCCCUCAGAUCCAUGUUGCGGUGGACAAGUUCCUCGCCCUGGUGGCCCUGGCUCUGGCCGAGAAGUACCGCUAAAGGACCAAUCAGCACCAACACACACCAACACGCCAGCACUCACACCUGCUGUGGUCCUCAGUGUGGAAAUAAUGCUCUUCUUCUUUGAGAAAUAAAA